AGUCUUACAAAUAGAGGAUCGGCAAGACAGUCAAGGCCCGGCCAUGGCGUCUAUACUCUCCCAGGGAAGGAAACCGAAACAAACUACCAGUGUCCGUGUUCCUCUUGAAAUGGCCGAAUAUUUACCCCAGGUGGAAUCAUACAAGGGAUCUGUGAAGGAAAAGGCAGAGGAGUUAGUGAAGAAGAAGUUUCCCGAACGCAUCAUACACUUCAACAAGCUGCUUGAAGAGUCUCCAUUCCUAUGUGAGAAUUUGGAGAAGGUACACUCAGACCUCAAGAUCCCCGUACCUGAACCUCUCAUUGUAAACAACCAUGACGGUGACCCCCCUGGGAAGAAGCGCAAGAACCCUGACGGUGGCGCGGAGGAUGCAGUGACUGGCGCCAAGGUGUUUGUGCUGCCCAGUGGCUCCGUGCCCAUCAACUCACAUAUUACUGAGAUGGUCGACACUAUCAAGCCACUCAUCUGCCAGCUGGUGGAGGAGGCCAACCUGCUGAAGAUGUGGAUAUCAUUCCUGAUUCCAAAGAUUGAGGACGGCAACAAUUUCGGUGUCAGCAUCCAGGAGGAAACACUCGGGGAGAUUCGCACGGUGGAGUCUGAGGCGGCUUCCUUCUUUGACCAGAUCUCCCGGUACUACAUGACCCGCGCCAAGCUGGUCUCCAAGGUGGCCAAGUACCCGCACAUUGACGAUUACCGGCGGACGGUGGUGGAGCUUGACGAGAAGGAGUACCUGUCUUUACGCAUCACCCUCUCGGAGAUCCGAAACCACUACGCCACACUCCACGACAUGAUCACCAAGAACAUGGAGAAGAUCAAGAAGCCGCGAUCCACCAACUCCAUUGAGGCCAUGUACUGAGGGAUCAACACCACCACUACUACCACCACCUCCACCACCACCACUUAACACCACCACCACUUAUACUACUACUACCACUUACACUACUACGACUACUAAGAUUACCAACAUCCCCUACUCCACCCAACUCUUCUUCCAUUCUUUCACUACCCCCAACCACUUCUUCCUUCUCUCUCUAUCACUGUUAUUAUCACUUUGUUAUCUACUUCACCAUCAGUUUCACCUCUUUCACUAUCUUCUAUAAUUAUUCCUUCACUUUUUCCUCUAUCACUUUUGUUAUGGGUUUUACUUCUGUUUACUCCAUCACUACUAAUCUCCUUAUUCCUCUUUCGCCUCUUCCACCACUUCUAUGACAUCUAAUACUUCCUUAUCUGACACUUUUUCCAUUCCAACACUCACUUAUUCCACUGAUUGCUUCCUCCACUUCUUUUAAUCCUAUCCUCAUUUGUCCCCUUACAGCCAAUGCAUUUCUUCCUUUCCUUUCCUCCUCCUCUACCACUUCUGUCUGUCCACCCUUCGCCCCCCCACACACACACUCCACCUCUCCCUCCAAGCAACAACACAGCCAUCACCACCACUACUACUGUUGGUUUGAGUGGAUGAGUGGAUGAAGGUUUUAAGGGUUUAUUUCCAGGUGUAUCAAGGGCAUGGAUGGCCACUUUCCUGAAUUCCAUCCCUGUCCCCUCCCGUUUACCUUCUUUUUUGUCGUCAUAGGUUCCAAGAGUAGAAAGAGAAAGUGAGUGAGUGAGUGAGUAAGAGAGUGUGAGUGAGAGAGAGAGUGUGUGUGAGAGUGAGCAAGAGAGAGAGAGAGAGAGAGAGGUGCUGUGCUAAUUACUGGUUUUGUCUCAGUUUUUGGGUGUGUCACUGGAGUGCACCUCGCCCACACAACAAUAUUACCACUUGUUAUGGUUAUCUUACCGUCUCCGCUGCAGCAGUAUUCCCCAUGCGUUGGUAUACCAAGUGUAUUAAUGCCGUGACAAAUUAUUACCGGUUAUGUAUUUGGAUCGGACGUUUCCUCACAGAACUGUUAUGCACUGUUAUUUAUUGAAGAACCUUAGUUAAGAUGGCUCCAGCACCUGUAUUCAUGCCAUUGCUAUGAUUUGUUUCUGUUUGUUUGUCCUGUUUAAGGCUUGUCAGAAGGGAGGACACAGUGGUCAUGGAAAUGGCAUUUUGUGGAGAUAUGAAUAAAUUUGAUAUUUAAACA